AUGUGCGGGCGAGGUCUAGAGACCUGGUGGAGGCGUGGGGGGGCUUUGGCCGCGCGCCGCACUGAGGGGAGCGAGCCCGGCCGGGCGAUGGAGGGGCCGCCAGGUGAAGAGGUCUGGAGAUGUCUGGGCUGUGGGGACAGCAUUCCAGCUGGUCAACGACUGUACAGGACUGUUAAUGAAGCUUGGCACAGCUCUUGCUUCCGGUGCUCUGAAUGUCAGGACCCGCUCACUAACUGGUACUAUGAAAAGGAUGGGAAGCUCUAUUGUCACAAAGACUACUGGGGGAAAUUUGGGGAAUCUUGCCAUGGCUGCUCUUUGCUGAUGACUGGACCUGUGAUGGUGGCUGGAGAAUACAAGUACCAUCCUGAAUGCUUUGCUUGUAUGAGUUGCAAAGUAAUCAUUGAAGAUGGAGACACGUAUGCGCUAGUACAACACUCCACACUCUACUGUGGAAAAUGCCAUAACCAGAUUGUGCUGACGCCAAUGAUAGAAACUCUCUCCACGGAAUCUCUGCGUGAACAGCUACCAUACACACUGACCCUCAUCUCUAUGCCUGCAGCCACUGAUGGCAAGAGAGGGAUCUCUGUGGCUGUCGAAGGUGGCUGCUCCAGCUACGCCACCAGUGUCCAGGUGAAAGAAGUCAACAGAAGACAUAUUAGCCCAGAUGUCCAAAAUGCCAUCCACUCUGGAGACCGGAUCCUGGAAAUCAAUGGAGUCCCUAUUCGCACGUUACAAGUGGAGGAAGUGGAGGACCUGAUUCGCAGGACAAGCCAGACACUUCAGCUGCUCAUAGAACAUGACCCUGUCUCUCAGCGACUGGACGGACUGCGUCUGGACUCCAGGCUCCCCACCCAUGUAAACACCACCACCACCUCACGCUCCAUUUCCUCAUUGGUCAUUAAGGGGAAUCUGGAAGGAACACUGAACCGGCGCUCCCUCAGGCGAAGUAACAGUAUUUCCAAAUCUCCUGGACCCAGCUCCCCAAAGGAACCUCUCAUUCUGAGCCGUGACAUCAGUCGCUCUGAAUCUCUGCGCUCCUCCUCCAGCUAUUCCCAGCAGAUCUUCCGGCCCUGUGAUCUGACACAUGGUGAAGUACUCGGGAAAGGAUUCUUUGGACAAGCUAUCAAGGUAACGCACAAAGCAACAGGGAAGGUGAUGGUGAUGAAGGAGCUGAUUCGCUGUGAUGAGGAAACACAGAAGACUUUCUUGACAGAGGUGAAAGUGAUGCGCAGUUUGGAUCACCCCAAUGUGCUGAAGUUCAUUGGUGUACUGUACAAGGACAAGAAGCUGAACCUUCUCACGGAGUACAUUGAAGGGGGGACUCUAAAGGACUUCCUCCGCAAUGCGGACCCUUUUCCUUGGCAGCAGAAGGUCAGCUUUGCCAAAGGAGUUGCUUCAGGAAUGGCCUAUUUGCACUCCAUGUGUAUCAUCCACAGAGACCUGAAUUCGCAUAACUGUCUGAUCAAAUUGGAUAACACUGUGGUGGUUGCCGAUUUUGGACUGUCUCGGCUGAUUGUGGAAGAGAGAAAGAAACCCACCCUGGAAAAGCCAUCUGUCAAGAAGCGAACUCUACGCAAGAGCGAUAGGAAGAAGCGCUAUACUGUGGUCGGGAACCCGUACUGGAUGGCGCCUGAGAUGUUAAAUGGGCAGAGUUAUGACGAGACUGUGGACAUCUUCUCAUUUGGGAUUGUUCUCUGUGAGAUCAUCGGGCAGGUGUAUGCUGACCCUGACUGCCUCCCUCGCACACUGGAUUUUGGCCUCAAUGUAAAGCUGUUCUGGGAGAAGUUUGUUCCUGCCGAUUGCCCUCCAGCCUUCUUCCCUCUGGCUGCCAUUUGCUGCAGGCUGGAACCAGAGAGCAGGCCCCCAUUUUCAAAGCUGGAGGAUUCCUUUGAAGCCCUUUCUCUCUACCUGGGAGAACUGGGCAUCCCCCUCCCUUCCGAGCUGGAGGAGCUGGACCACAAUGUGAGCAUUCAGUAUGGGCUGAGCCGUGACAAGCUACCUGAAAACACAACCUAG